AUGGCCACACCAAUAACCUGGGCACAAGAAGUAAUCAUUUGUGAUAUAUGUCACGAAGACGCAACAUAUCAAUUUUGUCAUAGCUGUCAGGUCAAACUCUGUGGAAACUGCAUAAAUGAACAUGUCAAUGCAGAAAAACUACUCCCGCAUGAUAUUGUUCCCUUUACGAAAAGAAACGAGAAAGUGGUUAGCCGGCUGUGUGAAAUACAUCCAGGCCAGAAAUGUGAGGCUUGCUGCCAUCAAUGCGAUGUCCUAAUUUGUAUGAAAUGUGUCAUUGCGUCUCACCAAAGCCACCAGAUCGAGGAAAUUCCUUCCGCUUAUCUUGACAACAUGAAGAAAAUUAACCUAGAUACUGAUGAACUUCAGAAGAUUUUAGAUUUAGAUAAGGAGCAAAGUGAUGCCCGUGAAUCAAAUAUUAAGGAUAGAAUUGCGAAAACAUCUGCAAACUUUGAAGAGCUUGAAAGAGAAUUGGAACACCCCAGAAGUUUAUGGCAUCAGGAAGUCUACGAAAUCUUUGACAAACACAAAACUUUAAUUAAAUCCCUGAAGGAAAAAGCGGUAAUUUCUCUGGUCGAACAAAACCUUCACCCAAAUAGAGUCACCCAGAAAAUGCUGCAAACAAUAAAAGAAAACAAAGACAUUCUUAGAUCCAAAACAGUCUCCAAAGUUGUCAACUACAUAUCAAAACCUCAUGGAUACCAAGAUAUUCCUGUAGAUAUUGAUGUGGCCAUUCCUUCCUUGAAAAUAACCACAGAUCAAGGUAAAGAACUCAGUAUAGAACUGGGAGAACACAAAGCUACAUUAACACAGACAACACCCUUCAGUCCGAACAGUGACACUUCAAUAUCGUCAUUUGGCAAGUUCUGCGUUAUUGCUGAUAUUCAAACUCCACUGAGUUGUAUUGACGCUAUAUCCUGUGUUGGAUCUGAUGAAGCCUGGAUUGCUGGAACAAGCAAUGUUAUUCUACGUUUUGACAAAUUGAGUGGCUCUGUUAAGGAAUCUAUCAAAAUUACAGGGGAGCCAGCAGACAUGUCGGUAACUCAACAAGGAGAACUGAUAUUUACUGAUUUUGCCAAUAAAAGUGUUACCAUUGUCAAACAUGGUAUGACAGAAACCCUGAUAAAAGCACCUCUAGGUUGGAGAGCAUACGGACUAUGCUGCACUAAUAACGGUGAUAUCCUUGUCAGCAUGAACACUGAGGAUGAAAGGCAACACAAAAUAGUUCGGUUUCAGGGAAAGGUAGUAAAACAAGAAAUAGAAAAAGAUUUGGAUGGCAACCACAUUUUCCAAAGAGGAGGCUACAUACUUUAUUUGGCCGAAAACACAAACGGGGACAUUUGCGCCUCUGAUGGAAAUGCAAAGAAAGUUGUUGUGGUGGAUGCAACAGGGAUUGUCAGAUUUCGUUAUAAUGGUUAUGGAGCCAGAGGGAAGAAAUAUUUCUCUCCAGAACAAAUCGCUACCGAUUCCAUGAGUCAGAUCAUCGUGACGGAUCAGAAGAAUGAUUGUUUACACAUUCUUGAUCAAAACGGACAUUUCCUACAAUGUGUGGAUUACUGUGGAUUAGACGCACCGGGAGGUUUGAGUGUAGACAGUAAGGGAAGAUAUUGGGUUGGUUUGCAUUCUGGAAAAUUAAAAAUGAUUUCAUUAUUGAAGAUGUAA